AUAGGGCUUCCACGACGUUUUACAGGCCAAGAAAUUCAAACCUUUGCAUCAAAACUGACUCAUUCAACUCUCUAUUUCAUUCCAAAGAUUUCAGUCGAUUCUUUAGUGUUCAUGUUGGCGAUCAAUGGAAGUUACCUGAAAGAAAAAGACUAAAUAGCCAACAAAGCGAGCAUGCAUUGAAGAGUUUGUUCGACGGUUGGUCAACACUGAAACAACCAAAAAAUCAAUCAUACCAUGUUGAAAAGAAUCAGGAAGAUAAGCAAACAAAAGGCUAGUGGCAAAGAACAAGAGGAGAUGGCCAAAAGCAAGGACAAGGCCGCGGGAAACAGCCUUGAUGACACGAUGACAGCUUUGCUAAGCGAAAGAGACAGCUUACUAGAAGAAGUGAAGAAACUAAAAGAACAAUUACAGAAUGAAAAUGUUCGCUACGCAGAGCUGAAAUCCCUCAAGACCCAACAAGUAUGCGCACUGACUUUCAAACUGGCCAAAGCGAUGCGAGAUAAAGAGAGGGCAAUUGAAGAAAACGACAGUCUGAAACAGGAGCUGCUAGACAUCAGAAGUACAAGACAAGUGCGCGAAGAAAGUGUUUUGGAAAACCGGUCUGAGAGUGUGCCAUUAGACGUGGUUGAAGUUAAACAAAACAGCAUUCCUUUGGAAGAACCUCAGCUAUACAGGAAAAUAAAUGACAGUGAUAAAAACAUUCCAUGUGAAAAGAUGUCCUGCUUCAUCAUCACCGGUGAACCAAUACACAAAGAAAGAUGCCAGAAAGGAGUCCAGGAAGAGGUAAAGCAAAACUUGGUGGAGAAGUCCGUUGUUGGUGGAGAACCAAGGGAACCCCCCGAAGAUGCUUCGCAAGGAGAUGAAAACAGCGAUUGCAGCUCGAGUGACACUCUUUCCCUGAGCCAAUGUUCUUUUAAAUCGGAUGAACAAAAUACGAAGAAAAAAGUUAUGGUCGAGUUUCGUAGAAUUCAAAAAGAACUGCUUGACGUCAAGAAGAAUAUGUCCAUGGUUCAAGGACUGAACGAGCGGCUCUCACGUGACCUGCAAUCACUUGUUGAUAAAAAGAAUUCCCACCCUUUGGUUAGGUCACAGUCACUGCGUAUGCGCAAGAAUGGGUCGUCUGAUUUCCCUCACGAUAAUGUCGAUGGCAAACGAGAAAAUUUGUUUGUUUUCCCUGUUACUGAAACGACUAAAAAGGAUCAAGCGAAGACCACGCAAGAUGCAAGUACAGAAACUGAAGUAUGCGGCCUUGAACAAAUUGAUGGUUUACAAAAGAAAAACGAGUCCCAAGACGAAAGAAUCGAACAAUUAAAUCAAGAGAGUUUGGAGGAAAUCCCAGGUGAUGGGCUCCCUGUUGAAUUAGAAUCAGCUGACUGUGCACGAAGUAAAGAUGGCGAUGACAAGGAAAUACAGGCCAACGUGAUCGAGGUACGAAAGCAAUUGGAAAAAGCAAUGAAAGAGCUGGAAGAACUUCGAGCCGACAACAAAGAAAUGAAAAAGAAAAUCAACAACAUUGCGUUCGCGACAGACCACGGUGACUUUCUGCGCAAGACUACGCAGUUCACUGGUGCUCUCUUGAAAGAAAUGAGGGAGAGAGAACAGAAGAUCGAACGAAAGACGUCGAGAACCACGCCAAAGGUCAAACAACCUCCAUUGAGUGUCCUGGGUACACGAUUGAACGAGAUCACAAAAACAGUGGAUGACAUGACAAAGCCAGACUCCACCCUUUCAUCCCUUGAGUCUGUCUGCGUAACUUCAACUGUAGAGUCUGCUUUGAUGACAGAGCCUAUCCCAAGACCGCACUCCGCUGGUCUGCCAACGACGCAUAUCUUUUCCAGGCAAGUCGAUGCAAAAGUUAAACCUCUCCCUGAACCUAAAAAAAGGCGUUUCACGACGGGAAAACUUGGAGAGCCAUCGCUUGCAUAUCGACACGUUGGACUUAUUAGCAACGAUGGUGGACUGAAAAGAUUAAUGGAGCCUUUGGCAAAGGAAUGGAGAUCAACAGAGACCUUGUCUCCUCGUCAUAGCUUUAGUGGUCCCCUCGGAUACAAGGACUAUAUUCAAAGACACAUUGUUAUGUCUUCAAAUGCUAUUGCUAAAAUACGAGAUCUGACCCCUGAGGAGCUCAAUGGACAUAUCGUAUACUAAUGCUAAAACAUUUCGUACAUGCGCCCGCACUCUUAGCAGUAUGUAUAAUAUUAUUACUUACCGCUGACCAAAUGUAUUCAUGAUUGAAUGUAUUCCAUAAACACUGAUUUGAAUUCAUUUUGAAUGAAAGUAGUUCAGUUCUAAAUUUAUCUAUAAUACUUUCCUUUUUCCAUUUGUUUCGAAUCAUAUAUAACCGAAAAAUCAAAAGCAUGUAAAUAUACCUUAUUUU